UAGAGAUAUUACUAUAAGAAAAGAAAAGGAAGAAGAAGAAGAAGAAGAAGAAAGUAGUAAUGGCUAAGAACGCAAUCUUCAUCAUCAUCUGCAUUGUUUCGAUCAUCUUCUGUUCAUUUUUCAUACACAAACUUAACCAACAAGAAUCAUCUCUCCUUCAACUCAAAUCUUCUUUAGAAAUCAUUCAAUCAACAUAUACAUCAAUUCUGGAGAAGAGUAUAUUUGACAUUAAUGAACAAGAUAUUGCAAUGCUUGAGAACAUUAAUUUCCAAUUAGCACAAAUCGCUGAUUUCUUAGAGAAACACAAGAAUCAAGGAUGGAUACCAGCUUUGAAGAAUGAAUUGUUGGCUUUCAUGUCAAGUCUCAAAUCUUAUCUUGAUUUUCUAACUUCUAAAAUCAGUGAGGUCUCUCGUGUAUCCAUCAAUACUUUAGUCACAAUUUUUCAUAAGUUUCAAAGUUCAGCAAUACCAUUCAUGAAGGAGUUGAUACAAGCUUUGAAGAUUCAAUUGUUGAAUUUCAUAUCAAAUCUUAAACCUCACAUUGAUUUUCUAACAACCAAAAUUAGUGAGGUCUCUCUUAUGUCCAUCAAUUCUUUAGUAACAAUUGUUGAGAACUUCCAAAGGUCAGCAACACCAUUCAUUAAGGAAUCAUACAACUCGGCCAUACAAAUGAGUACGUCGUUGCUUUUUGGAAUUGUGAAGUGGCUGAAUGAUUUCUUUCAUUUCUGUUUGGAGGCUGCAAGACAGUAUUGGACUCGUUAAAUAACUGAAUCAUUUAGAUGCAAGCUAUUAGGCUGAAGGGUAAUGUUAGCAAUGAAGACAGUUAUUGUAGUUUGAAGUUGAGUUUUUUGGAGCUAGAAUUUUGUUAGCAAUUAAGAUAGUCAUUAGUUUGUUAAUCUCUUGCAGUGAGAAGCAGUGUUGAGUUUCAUUUUUUUUGACUAGAAUCAUAGGCUUACAUAGAACUGAAGAAGGUAAACAAUCUAUGGUAACAAU